CAGACACAGCUGUCUGCUGCCGGUAUAAAAAUGCCGGCUGCAGGCGGCUGCUUUUCCGUUUGCUGUACCGCUGUCGCACGUCAUGGCGUCGGCAGACAUGAAAAAAGUGCUGGAGCUGAAACUUCAGCUGAAAGAAAGCACCGAAGGACACACGCUUGUGAAAAUCUUAAAGAAGCUUCAAGAACUGGACAUAACCCUUGAAAUUCUUGCUGAGACAGGAAUUGGAAAAGUAGUAAACUCCUUUCGUAAACACGAUGAUGUUGGGGAAGUGGCCAAAACCUUAGUGCAUCGAUGGAAAAAAUUGGUUCCAUCUCCGAGUGUUACACAGCAUUAUCCUCCUGCUCCAAAUGAAUCAUCUAAGACUGAAGUUCAGAAAACGGACCAAGAUGAAAAGAGUCAGACUUCACAGAAUACUGUCUGCCCUGAAAGGAAGACUAAGAAUGAAAACUUGGGCUCUGAAAACAAACUUUUAAAAAAUUUUGUUGAGCAAAGCAAAGCAAAGCCAAACACAAACAAAUUGAAAGGAUGCAUAAAUAACAACAAGAAAAAUGACACCAAGGAAGACUCUGAUGUUGGCCUCAUAUCACAGAUUUCAAUCACAGAUGGAAAAUUACUCCAGCCAAUGGAGAAAUCAACUAGCAACCUGCAUGCUGAGAGAAAGAAUGAUGUCAAGCCUAAAGUUUCUGACAUAACAAAUAAUCACAAACCUAAAAUAUCCACGAAAGACAAAAAUUGUUUUUUGAAAGAAAGCACAAAAAAGCACAAAAAAAAGAAUAAAAAAGACGAGAAAAGGAAAGAAAAAAAUGCUGAGAGGGAGAAAAACCUUGAUAGUGAUGACCCUAAAAUGCCAUCCAUGUCUUUUGAGGAAUACUUGAGUUAUGAUCUUGAGGCUCCAAAACGAAAGAAGAGAUUAUGCGAAGGCAAGAACCCGAAGCGCAUUAAGAUUGACCUGAAAAAAGAUGCCAAAAUGCACGACUCCAGCACAAAGUCAGGGAAAUACAUAGCAGAAGCCCCAACUCCAGUGGUCUCAAAGAGAUCUGUGAUGGACCUGCUAAAUGUGCCAUUACCGACAAUUUCUCCUGAAUGUGAAGAUCCUUCUCAAUAUCAAUACUUUACAGAAAAGAAAGUUGAAGAAAAUGGUGUCGAGGUUUGCGAAGAAGCCCCAGUGUUUACAGGUCAGCGGCUGAAUAAGAAGAUGCAGGUGUACUCCGGGACUAAGGUCGUGUAUCUUCCCACCAUGAUGACCUUGUACCAGCAAUGCAUCCGAACUCUGCAGAACAACAUCGAUUCGCUUUAUGAAAUCGGAGGCGUGCCGUUUGAAAUUUUGGAGCCGGUGUUGGAGCGCUGUACACCAGAGCAGCUGCUGCGGAUUGAAGAACUCAAUCCUGUGUACAUAGGUGUGACGGAUCACCUAUGGGAGAGGCACUGCCUCCGAGACUUCAAGAACGCCCGGCUGGAAGAGUACGAAUCCUGGAGAGAGCUGUACCUCCGACUGUUUGAAGAACGAGAACGCAAAUUCCAAGAACUCACCAAGAGCAUCGUUUCCGCUCACUCCAUGAGGCCGAAAGGAAGACAGGUGAAGAUGGCGUUUAUUCAUUCAGCUGCCAAACCACCUAGAAACGUACGAAUCCAGCAGGAAAUCCAUGGCACAGCAGGCCCUGGGCUCCCUCACUCUGUAGACAAAUCCAGUGGAAGAAUUUCUGAGAAUAGAGGUAGAUCAGGCUUCGCUGAGCCUCCUAAACCUUUUAAUGCUGGAUCAGGAGCCAGCCAGCCCCAAGAUCCACGAAGGAUCAGACGAGUAGCACCAAUGAUGGCCAAGUCUCUGAAAGCCUUUAAGAAGCACUUUGGACGCAGAUGAGGAAGAAGGUGAUGGAAAAUAUGGCUGACAUUUAAAUACUUAUAAACUCGAGUAAACUACUGAACUAUAGACAUACUUUAAUUUUGUCAGGAUUUAGGAUAGAUUUUUUUUUUUUUUUUUUUUUUUGGUAAAACCUACAUCUGAGUAUUUUUCUAUAUUGAAGGACAUGAAUGCACUUUCUAUCAUCAUUAAAACACACUGCUGACUGUGCUGUAAUGAAAUGCACUGGCUGAAUAAAUGAAAUCAAAUUAAAU